CUUGACAGAUGGCAGGCGGGAGACGCUCCUCGCGGCUGUCUCUCUCGGUCCGUUGGUCCAUCCCGGUUCCCAUUGUCUCCCCCUCCCCAGUUCUUCAAGGCAAAUCCUGAGACAAGAAACCGGACCCGGACGUCAUUUUGGCUCGGAUACGCUUCUUCUUCUUCUUCUUCUUUUUUUUUUUUUUUUUUUUUUUUUUUUUUUUGGCGCGUCUCGUCUGGACACUUACUUUCGACCUGGAAUUUAACAACGCGAAAAUCUGCGCGAAAUUUGGACACCAGUGUGGGUUUUCUGUUGUUGUUGUUGUUGUUGCUUUUGGGUUUGUUAUUGUUAUUAAUAUUUUUAAAAUCAGACAGAAGAAAUCUGGGGAUAAUCGGAUGACGGAUUUCACCAAGAGAGAGAGAGGGAAAAAAAACUGGUUGUAGACCUGAAGGGGAGAUGAUCCUAAGGAAGGGGACUCAUUAGACAGAAGAGCCACAGAAAUCAUUUUCGAGGAGGCUGACAUAUAUCAGGAGACCCCGAUCAACGCUUCCUCUCUCCACUGCCUGUCUGGAGAGAGUCAGGACAUUUAGUGGGGAAAAAACUCGUGUGGGGAAGAAGACAGGGGUGUUUUGGAGAGGAUGUUGCCGCUUCGUGCCCGUCCCCUGAGAUAAGAAGAGGAGAGGAGCCCGUCUGUGCGUUGGGGAGGAUUAAAAAAAAAAAAAAAGAUAGAUAGAUGCCAGAACCACUCUCACUUGUUUCCGCCACCUGGAAACAUAUUACCCUUACCAAAGCAGGCAAUCGGGGCUUUUUAAUCGGAUUAUUGAGCGAAAGAUCUGAGAGGUCUGUGGGAAUAUAUCCAGCCAGUUUCCACCAUCUGUCUGGUGCUGUCCAGGAUUGUGCCAGUUCAGCAGGGAUAACGAUGAGAUGAGCCCUGAACGGAUUACCGGUCCAACUAGGUGAAGUCCGGAGGAGCUGACUGGACACAGCUGGACCGCUUUCUCGUCAAUGCAGUGGAGUUUUUAUUGAGUUUACAAUAGGAGACCUGUUUGAUUUUUCUCCACCUGCCCUGCUAAAGAUGUUCGUUGCUUGCCUCUUACUCCAGAUAAAUAUGAACUUGUUGUCUUGAAUUGUGCUAAACUGUCCUCAAGGGUCUCUUUCCACACUGUAUCCCUGACCUGCGUUUUAAAAAGAGGAGACCUCUCGUCAGCUUUUCAUCUGGAUGAAGUAGUCAGCCCUGACUGCUGUGAACAUCCAGAGAGCACAGGGGCUCCGCUUCACUCUCCGAGGCCCCCAAGCAGUGCCUCCACCCGGGGGCUUUCAGACAUCCAGACAGCCCCUCGCUGGAGGGGUGGGUGGAGGUGAAGGAGAGACUUUGGGAAUUAUCUAGAGUUUCUGGACGCCUGUAUAGGAGGAGGAGAUCAUGGGGUGUUGCAGCGGCAGGUGCACCUUGGCCUUCAUCUGUGGCAUGCAGCUGGUUAGCGUGCUGGAGCGCCAGGUGAUCGAUUUCCUGGGCUACCAAUGGGCUCCCAUCUUGACCAACUUCCUACACAUCAUUGUUGUAAUCCUGGGCCUGUUCGGCACCAUUCAGUUCAGGCCCAAAUAUGUCACUGGGUAUGCAGCCUGGCUCGUCGUCUGGAUGACCUGGAAUGUUUUCAUCAUUUGUUUUUACCUGGAGGUUGGAGAUCUGUCCAGAGAGUCCGACCUUGUCCUGACGUUCAACCUGUCCAUGCAUCGUUCCUGGUGGAUGGAGAACGGCCCCGGGUGCAGGGUGACACCGAUCACCCCUCCUCCCUCCUGGGCACCGGAGGACCACCGAUAUAUAUCUAUAUCUGACUGUCUUAUGAACUUUGAGUUCAUAGAAGUGGCUCAUUCCUCACUGCAGAUACUCCUGGCUUUGGCGGGGUUUAUCUACGCCUGUUAUGUGGUCAAGCUAAUUUCUGAAGAAGAAGAUAGUUUUGAUUUUAUAGGAGGAUUCGACUCCUAUGGUUACCAGGGACCCCAGAAGACCUCCCACCUCCAGCUACAGCCUAUGUACAUCUGCGAUUCUUUGGGGGCUAUCUCUUCACCAGCUUUUCCCAUCUAGAGACUCAAUUUUUGCCCAUUAUUUUAUUUUUGUGCAAAAUAGCUCACACUAAGACUGGAGCAGAACUGUGUCUGUUAAUUGUCAAAUCUUGCCCCACAUAAAUGUGUUUUUAUCCAAAUCAAUCCAUUGUAGCUCUGGUUGGACAUGUUUGGUCUUUGCCCUGUGGGGAAAGUAAACCUCGAUCCAGUUUCAAGCCCUUUUCAGCAUCUAACAUAUUUUUUUUUUCCAAGAUUGCUUUGUACGUAGCUCCAUCUAUCUUUCUAUAAACUCUAACUAGAUUCCUCACCAAGAUUUGCAGAUGAUGUUCAGUGUUGACUGAGAAGGUUUCAUUUUGUAAUUAUCUGACCAGAGUACAUUCUUUUAAUUCUGCUGUUACAUCUAAUAGCCUUGUCAAUUAAAUUCUCACAACAAAAUGGAAAUCAUGCAUAAAUAUCCAUCCAUUUUGCAAUAAUGUGCUUUUGGUGUUGUCCUAACACAUAAGAUUGAAGUUGAUGGUUUAAGCACUAGCACUAUAAGGAUUGUAUGCAUUACAAAUCUAGCUUAUUUCCAUUAAAAGACAUAGAAAUGUUCCCAGAUUUUACUUUCUAUAUUAGUCAGCUGUGUUCGGGGUUCAUUUAUAUUUUAUUACGUUUUUUUACAAGCCAUUUUGCAUAAUAUGACAUGAACACACUUAGUGUUGAAGGAUAACAUUUACCAAACCUUGGUUAGUUCUUACAUCACUGCUCUCAUUCUCUUUAUAUAAAGAUAAUUCUAGCAAUAAAGAGGAUUUCAAUCCACUAGAAUCUUUUGUUUUUCUCCUUCUUGUGUUUAUUUAAAAUUUAAAUUGUAGCUUCCUGUUUUUCUUGAGGUGCUUCAGCCAUUUGUUGGACAGAGUGCCAGUAAGUCGUCUCAGAAAAGCGUCGAGGUGCAGAAUGGCACAUCAUCGACAUCAGCCUCAAAGUCUAACUCUGCCCUGCGGGAAGCGCUGAGCCACACAGAUAACGCUACUGUAAUGUACCAAACAACGAGAUGAAAUAAUAGUGAUUCGGCUGAUGUGCACCAGACAGAUUAUCGAUACCAGUUUGUAUUAGACAAGGACUGAAGCAAAUUAGAGGGAGAUGCAGAGGCGUGGAGAUGGAAGAAUGGUGGAUGAAGCAAAAGAGAGGAAGAGAAUGAGAGAAACGAAGUGAUGGAUGACACAUAGGACUAAACAAAGAAGAAAGCAAUAAAGGACUAUUCUGUAGUUUUAUAUGUCCCCAGUGGAAGCCAUAGCCCAGAUCAUAAAUCACCAAGCCUCUGAAUAAUGCCUGGAAACACAAACACACCUCAGCUGUAGUGCAAAUACAAAUAUCUAUGCACAAACAGUGCACACACACUCAUCACUGUGCACACAGACAUCCAGACACAGUAUUUGUGCUGAUAGACAGCUUUUGCUCAUAAACAUGUUAAUCCAUGCGUACGCGCAGAUGAGCCCUGAAAUGCACACUCUCGUCCACAAACAUCAUCAAUAUGCUAUCAUUGUUCUCCAGCCGUCCUCCCCUCUGUUUGGUGUUUAUUGGCUCUGGCCGGAGGGAGUAAUAAAAUAGCAUCAGCCAUCCCAUCCCAAAGGAAUCUCUCUGUGCCAUGGAUAGAUACAGACACACUACCAUGACGCAUGAAGCUAAUAACACAGCCAUCGGCAUCUCUAAAGCACUAGAAACAUCUUUUUAUUCAAAUCUCCGGCAUUACUUGCUUGUUAACCAUUGUAAGAUGAGAAGAGGAAAUAACACAUGACACCUACAGUUGCACCUAUAAAUAAUUCAAUCCCUUCUACAAUUUAGGUUUGCACAUCAGGUCUGGUCCCAGACACUCCUGAUGCAAACAAUCAAGGGCUUCAUCUGAAGAAGGUGUUCUUGGAAUAGAACACGUAAGGCCUGGUCUGGUUUCAUUGCACGUCAGAAAGAUAGCUAAAAAGUUCAAAGAUGAUGUCACUGACUUGCACAAACAAGGAUAAUUCUGAAAUGAGACAGCAAAGGUUCUGCUGGAUACAGCUGGAGCAUUGUUUUUGACUUUAAAGUUAAAAGACAGAGGCUGCAUCACCUGACCAUGGCAGAAAGAGGAAGCUUCCUGAAUCCUAACAGGUGGUCUAAGACCCUUUCCUGACGACCUUCAGCAAGACACAGACAAGGUGCAUACCAAUCACUUGACUUUGACUUUAAGCCACAUACCUCUGCUGACCCCAAAGCAUAAAUUUGCUCAAUGCUUUAUAAAUUAGCCAAAGUGUUUGGGAGAUUUUGUCUUAUAGAUCAGUCAAUCAAAAUGGGAACUUUUAGGACCAGUGGAUCAGAGUUAAGCACUGAAAAGAAGCAUAGUGGUUGCUAAGUGAGCUUCUAUGGCUGCUCUGCUUCCUCUGCCACUGUCAAUCCUGGGUGAAAAUGUCAUCCCUGCUGUGAGGAAGCUGAAACUUGGGUGCCAUUACCCCUUCAAAACAGGACAGUGAACACAAGGAUAAGUCCUUUGCAGCUAGGCUGGGAAGAUACUAAAAUUUCCAUUAUAGCUGCCUGACUUGAACUCUACAAAAAUUGCUGGGGGGAAGUGAACAGGAGGGCAGCCACAUGCAAACCCAAGAAAACUAACACUCUGGAGUCUUCUGUCCAUUAGGUGCAGGCCAGGAAAUGCCUCCAGAAGGUGGUGUCAGGCUUUGAAUCAUAUUUUCAGCCAUACCAUCUCAAGACUCGUCUAUAAAAUACUAAGCAUGCUUGUCAUGACUGCAGCAAUUAUUAUUAACAUGUUUAAAUUUGGAGCAAGCAUUUGCAAUAUCUGUUAACCUAGGAUCUAAGUUAUUGUCUCUGAAUGUUGACAAAUGCGAACAAAACAUCAAACUGUGAGCAAAACAACAUAUUGGGUAAUAAAGGUUAUAUAACAGAUGUUCAUUGUGGCUCAACAGAAAACCUACUACAACAUGGUCAUCCACCUAAACUCAUUGGAAUUUAAUGAAAGCAAUUAGAGGAUUUUGUCAGAACCAACCAGGAAGCCCAUAACUCUGGAAGAGCUGCCAAGAUCCACAGCUCAGGUUGUAAAGUCUGUAGAUUGAACAACUAUUAGGCUGCUAUCUGGUCUUCGGGCUGAGAGGAAAGUGUGAAGAGGAAAGAAAUCUAUAAGAAACUUCCAUUUUAAGUUUACUUAAAGAUGAGACACAAGCUGAACUUAUUACGUGUGGUGCAACUCAAAUAUUCCACUAUCGGCAGAGGCAGAAAAGCAGAUCAGUGGUACAUUUAUUAUUUUGACAGUCACAAAAAUGUGAGCUGCUAUCUGUUUCUAUAAAAUGCACCAAAUGUAUUCUUCUCUCAUCUACAGUAUGUUUAAUUUUGAAAGGAGAACCGCUCGAGAAAGCCAGUACACCCACGAGAGUGUUAAGACGUCUCUGGAGUGUUAUUAUCUCGCAUGGAACACAUGGGACAAGUGCUUCUGAUGUUCUCUUCAAGCAACAUUAUGCUGUUAAGCUUAUUUGUCAGAGCAAUUACUUAUUCAAGGAUAAUAUUGAGCAAAAUGAGUAGUGCAGUAUUUCAUCAUAAACCCAUUAGUCUUCUAUCUUUACAGUUUUACUGGAUGUUUCUACUUUACAGGCUUUAAAGUUCUCAUUGUUUGAUAGCAUCUUUAGUAUGCCAACGUAUAUUUCCCGUGAAUAAAUUUAUGCUAUAAAUUUGCAUCAUGACUGUCAAAUCUGAUUUUGUUGUUCUCCUCUCUAUGUUUGAAGGUCAAAAUAAACCUAGAAGCCACUCCAGAGGAGCUGCCUUACCAACUAUCACUGCUUAGAGCCCUGCGUUUACCACUCCAACUCUCUUCUAAAAAACACAGACAGAGGUAUAGGCAGAGGAUAGAUCACAGUCUCCAUUUCUUACUCCAAAUACCCUGAAAAGCUCAAUCAGAUGGGAUCCUCUGGCUCCAAUUGUCUACUGAUGGAGUCCCUGAUGAAAUACUGGCAUCAUGUGGCCAAAAGUGGUAACUGUAACACUUGUGAGCUACACUUCAUAUUUUUGGAGUCCUGUCCGGAGCCUAUUAUUUGCCUGUGUUUUCUUUUUCUUUCUUUUUUUUUUUUUCUUUGCAAAUGAAUAUCAGUGUUGUAAGGGGAUGAAAUAAGGUUGGCUUUUCUUCAGGCCUUCUGGAAGAAUCUAGUCCUGCUGACAAAUCUCAGAACUGAGCCCAGUACCUUCAAGAUACGGUAAGAAAAUGUUUCGGCUCAAUAGUCCUUGAGUUGUUUCACGCAGAUAUGCCUGACCAAAGACUUAAAAACAAAAAAUGAUUUUAAAAAAUCACUACUAAAAUCUAACUGAGCUUUUUCUGCUCUUGGUGCCUGACAAUUUAUUACCGGACUUCCUACCAGGAACCUGCAAAGGAGGAAUGUCAGACAUCGCUUUUCUAAAACCUACCUUUCCUGCUGCAUUCGGGAUCUCGUCAUGGACUGGGCGAAGGAAGCCCAGACUCGCUUUUCACCUGUGUUUUAUGAAUGUUAACUAACGGUGUGAUGUGACGACUUACAGGCUUGCAGCUCACACAUGCAUGUGGACAAGAUAAGCACGCAUGCACACUUACACAGGUCCUUCUUACUAAUGUGAAUCUUAACAAUGUUUACAAAAGUGAUGCUGUCUACUCGACAGAAAGUGUGGACAGAAGUGGACAGAGGUGACCCAGUUCCUCACCUUUAAGCUGCAGCGUUUCGAGACGACCGAGGCUCGUCUUGCCGCCCUGUCUAAAUAUUUCGUC